UCCCUACCCCCCGCCAGUUCCAGCCAUGGCGGCCAUGAGCCUGCUGCUGCGGGCAGCGGCGGCCUGGGGAGCGCGGCGGGCGGCCAGCGGCGCGGCGGGCGGCGUUCGUCUCCCCUGGCUCGCUGGGGCCGCCCGCCUCCCCGGCACCGUCGCUCCUGUACGACACAGCAGCGGCCAUGGGAAGAAAAUGUUUAUUAUCAAGGCCACGAGUUUUUAUGAUACUCGAUUUCUCAACUUGUUGAGAUUCUAUAUAUUUCUGACGGGAAUACCAGUGGCGCUGUUCAUAACGUACGUCAACGUCUUCAUCGGUGAAGCUGAACUUGCGGAGAUUCCUGAAGGCUAUGUUCCAGAGUACUGGGAAUACUACAAGCACCCUAUAAGUCGCUGGAUAGCUCGUUACUUCCUUGACCCCCCUGAAAAGCACUAUGAGAAACAGAUGGCUUUGCUUGACAUCGAAGCGAGGAAAACUGAGCUGAGGCUGACGGAGCUGGAGGCGCGCAGGCUGAUGAGGCACAGGGGGGAUGGACCUUGGUAUCAUUACGAAACACCUGACAAAAACCUUGUUGACAAUUCUAUGAAAUCCACACCUGACAAUUAAACAGUUUUGUGGGGGUAUGCAUGGUCUUAAGCGCAUACCAACAAAUUGUGCCUGAGCUAUAGAAUAUGUACAUCCUGCUGUUUUACUGACUGCAGUGAAUAAAAAUAAACAACAUUUGCGUUGAUUGCAAUAAUUUGAAA